AUGUUGAUCCCUCUAGCCAUAUUAUUUUCCCAAGUUUCCGGAAUUUUCUAUCCGGUAGAGGCUUGUCUAGCCACCUCCCCAUCUCAAGCCGUAACAGUGACCAGUACGGAGACUCCAACCACAUCAGCAACGGCUUCUUCUACUACUGCUAGCACUACCAGUUCUACUACAUCCGCUAGCACAACAUCGGCCACCACUACAGAGGCUCCUCCAGUACUAAGAACAUGUUCUCCAACUGCAAUAACUUAUGGAGCUGGAGACAACCUCAACCCACAGCUAUCGAUCAAAGUGGAUUAUACCGGCCUGACCUCCACCCAAAUCGGCGACACCGCUGACACGACUUCUACUAUGACAGUCACUUGCUCCGCCAUCGAUGGAUACAGUGCUUAUAUGCUUUUGGAUGGGAAUACUCCUCCAGCAGAGAACCAAGGAAAUCCUCAAACUGUAUCGAUAACAGCUGUCUGCAGUAGUGUGGAUAUGAUUUGGAAUUAUGUGGUUGAAGUGAAUGGACAGACUUUUACGAGAGCAUUUACGUCGGUUAAUUGUAAUCAAGCGCCUUAA